AUGACUGGCAGGCAGUCUGGGGUAGUUCAGCGUAUCAAAGAGGUUGCUCCCCUUGCCGUUUCAACGCACUGCUUUCUGCACAGAGAGGCGCUUGCUACAAAAGAAAUGGAACCCAGUCUUCAUGGAGUUUUAGAUGUGGCCGUAAAAAUGGUGAACUUUGUGAAAGCCAGAGCUACCAACUCCCGGUUAUUCACUGCUCUCUGCGAAGAGGUAGGCACUGAUUACCAUACCCUGCUGAUGCACACUGACGUGAGGUGGCUGUCCAGAGGGCGGGUGCUGAUGCGUCUGUUCAGCCUGAGGGAGGAGUUGCGUGACUUUCUUGCGGACAAGAGACCAGACUUUGCAGAGUUUUUGGACGAUGACAAAUGGCUCACUCAACUCAGCUACCUUUCAGACAUAUUCGGUGAAAUGAACAAGCUUAACAGAGCAAUGCAAGGUGCAAACAUAAACACUGUGGUGCAGCAUGAACGAGUAGAGGCUUUCAAAAGAAAACUACACAUGUGGAAAACCCGUGUCUCCUCCGGAAUCAGUGACAUGUUUGAGCACACCCAUGCAUUUAUUGCAGACAGACACUUGAAUUUUAAAAUCAUUCAACGUCAAAUAACAGUGCACCUGUCAAACGUCCUGGAGAAAUUUGAUAGUUAUUUCCCAGCUCUAACUGAGGAGCAGGCAGCUGAUUUUCUGUGGAUCAGAAACCCCUUCACUGAGAACAUUGAAGCAAAGCUUACAGCUACUCUGCCAUCAAGACUUCUGGAAGAGCUUAUAGAAAUAUCCUCUGAUGCCAGCCUGAAAGCCCAUUUCAGUGAGGUUGCAUUGGAAUCAUUCUGGUCUGAAAUUGCAGAAGAACACCCAGUCUGUCACACAGCUGCAGUGAAGGUGCUGAUUCCCUUUAGCACCACCUACCUUUGUGAAGCUGGGUUUUCAACCAUGACAGCCCUUAAAACCAAAUACAGGGCCAGACUGACCCUUGAGGAUGAUAUGCGUCUUGCCCUGUCAAAGAUCUCUCCACGCAUUGACCAAAUUAUUACUCACUGCCAGCAGCAAUCCUCACACUGA